CGGCGACGCGCGCGCGCGCGAAGGAACGAACGCGCGACGGACGAGGGACGAGCGACGCGAAGACGACGCCGAACGCGCGGUGCAUGCUUCGAGCGGUCGCGCGACGGUCGACGACGACGGCGACGACGACGACGCGCGGAUUCGCGAGGACGAGACUCGGCGAACGACGCGGGCGAAGAGGACGAGACGCGACGCGAGCGACGCGAGCGACGCGGCGAGAGGUGAUGGUCGGGACGAGCGCGGCGUCGAUGUCGGCGAUCGGGGCGGGACGGGUCGGGGGGGCGAACGCGACGGCGACGGCGACGAAACGGGCGACGAGCGAGGACGCGAAGGCGACGCUCGACGCGCUGGAAAAUUUGAAACCGGGGACGAGGCUCGCGGGAGGGGCGUUCGAGGUGACGUCGACGAAGCGAGUGAUGCCGUACGACGUCGUGGCGGUGGAGCUGGAGCACGUGAAGACGGGGGCGAAGGUGCUGCACGUGGGCGCGGACGACUCGAACGCGGGAUUCAACGUGGCGUUUCGGACGACGCCGCGGGAUUCGACGGGCGUGGCGCACGUGUUGGAACACACGGUGUUGUGCGGAAGCGAAAAGUUUCCGGUGAGAGAUCCGUUCUUUAACAUGCUGCGACGAUCGUUGAGCACGUUCAUGAACGCGAUGACGGCGAGCGAUUUCACGUGCUACCCGUUUUCGACGAUGAACCGCGUGGAUUACAAAAACUUGCUCGACGUCUACUUGGACGCCGCGUUUUUCCCCAAGAUCGCCGCGGAGGAUUUCUCGCAAGAAGGUCACCGCUUCGAGUUCGCGAAGAUGGACGACCCGACGAGCGAUUUGAUUUACAAGGGCAUCGUGUUCAACGAGAUGAAGGGCGCGAUGGGGUCGCAGAGCGCGCGAUACGGCAGAGCGCUCGGCGAGAACUUGUUCCCGACGUCCACGUACCAUUGGAACAGCGGUGGAGAUCCGGUCAACAUUCCCGACUUGACGUACGAACAGCUCAAGGCGUUCCACGCGUUGCAUUAUCACCCGUCAAACGCGAAGUUUUACACGUACGGCGACUUGCCGCUCGAGGAGACUUUGCAGCAAAUCGAAGACUCGGCGUUGCACCGCUUUGAUAAACUCGACGUGAGCAAGUUGAUCGUCGAAGACGAAAAGCGUUUCACCGCGCCGAAGCGCGUCGAAGCCACCGUACCCGCGGACGCGGUGGUGGCUGACGCGAACAAGCAGUCGCUCAUCUCUCUCGCGUGGCUCAUGGUGAACCAAAUCGAGGAUCCAGUUUCGUUGGACAACUUCGCCUUGGGCGUCGCCAGUGACUUGCUCACGAGCGGACCGCAAUCGUACCUUUACGAAGCGCUCCUCGAGCCCGGCCUCGGGAGCGGUUUCGCCCCGGGCACUGGCUACGGUGGCUCUCGCCGAGAGACGUCCUUCGCCGUCGGCUUGAAGGAUGUCGCCGACGCGGAUAUGGACAAGAUUGAAAAGACUAUUCUCGACGUUCUCGAGCGCAUCUCUCGCGAAGGGUUCCCGCGCGAGCGCGUCGAAGCGGUGAUGCACCAGCUCGAACUCGACUCCGCGGCGGUUACGACGCAGUUCGGAUUGUACACCGGUUUCGGAGCCUUCUCGACGUGGGUGCACGACGGCGACUCGCUGCGCGCGUUGCGCACGCCCGAGCUCGCGGCCAAGCUCAACGCCGCGCUCGACGCGGAUCCGCAGUACUGGCAAAAGCUCAUCAAAAAGUGGUUCUUAGACAACACGCACCGUCUCACGAUCACCGCGCGCACUGAUCCUGAUUACGACAAAAAGCUCGACGAAGCGGAGAAGGCAAAGCUGAAGAGCAUCGAAAAGACGUUGACCGAGGACCAGAAGAAGAAGAUCGUCGCCGACGCGCUCGUGCUCAAAGAGAAUCAAGAUAAGAAGGAAGACGUAUCGGUGUUACCCACCCUGAUCGUCGCCGAGGCCGUGCCGAAAGACAUUAAGCGCUGGGGGUCGAAGAAUAUGAAAAUCGCCGGUAACAUUCCGCUUCAGUACGACGAGCAACCGACCAACGGUGUCGUCUACUUUAGCACGCACUUUGAUCUGGAUGGUCUUCCGCAGCGGUUGGUGCCUUAUUUAGACAUGUUCAUGGAUUUCAUCGAUCAGCUCGGCACGGAAAAGAUGAAGUACAAGGAUUUGGCGGAACAAAUCAAGCUUCGCACAGGCGGCUUUUCCGUCGGCUCCGUCGUUCGUACUCCCACCGACGGCAAAGGUACGCCGACGAUGUCGCUGUCCAUCAGCGGUCACGCGCUCGAACGCAACGUCGACGCGAUGUUCGAUAUUCUCACCGAUUUGCAAACGGCGAAGUGGCGAGGGGAAGAAGAGCGCGUCAAGUUGUUGUUGACACGUCGUGCCGCCGCACUCGGCGCCUCCGUUGGACAGCAAGGCAUGCAAUACGCGAGAAACCUCGCAGGCGCUCAAAUCAGCGCCACGAGUGCGUUGUCGAACGAAACGAGUGGAUUGCCUCACGUCGGCCUCGUCUCGCGCUUGUCCAAGGAAGGCGCGAUCGAUGAAGUUGAAACCGCGAUGGCCGAAAUCGCCGCGUUCGCGCUUCGCCCCGAGCGCGUACAGCGAUGCCGCAUCGCGUGCCAAAAAGAAAGCUUUUCCGCCACCGAACGUCGAUUCGCAAAGUUCUUGAAAGAUAUCAAGCCGGUUGCCGCCAGUCCGAGCGACAAGGACACCGUGGCGACGAAGUUGAAGACGUUCAAACCCGAGCUUUCCAAGGUGUUUGUCUCCAUCCCGGGGCAAACCAAUUACUGCUCCGCCGCGCUUCCGGCGUUGCCGUACAGCCACCCCGACGCUCCGGCAUUAUUCUUGCUCGCGCAAGCGUUGAGCGCGGGCUACCUUCACCGUGAAAUUCGCGAAAAGGGCGGCGCUUACGGCGGUGGUUGUGCCUCGGACCCGAUGUCCUCGCUCUUCACCUUCUUCUCCUACCGCGAUCCGAACACGACGGAGACGUUGGACACUUUCACCAAAUCCAUCGAAUGGGCCACGAACUCGGAGAACAUCACCACAAAAGAGCUCGAAGAGGCUCAACUUCGCGCGUUCAAGCAACUCGACGCCCCGCUCGCUCCCAGCGCGCGCGGAAACUCCGGUUUCUUAACCGGCGUCACCGACGAAGAGCGUCAGCGUUUCCGCGACGGGUUGCUCGCCGCGUCGCCGGCGGAUUUAUCUCGCGUCGCCGCCGCCCACCUCCGCGGCGUCGCCCCCGCGAUCGCCAUCAUCGGUUCAUCCGAGAAGGCUCCGCUCGCGGACGCGAGCUGGGUGAAUCUUGACGCCCAGGGCGCGCCUCGCGUCGCCUAGUCGUCGCCGCGCCCUCG